UUCUGGUUAAAUUGGGUGUUGAUAAAAGCUGCAUGUACUCUGGAUAGGAAGUCCCACUUCGAUCGAUUAUAUCGGUGAUAGAUUGGGAUGCCUGUGCCGGUGACGUCACGUCUCUGGAGGUAAAUCUAAGCCCCGCCCCUCAGCUGGUCAUUAAGUUGAGUUCUGCGUCUCUUCCUGGUGUAAAAUAAGGUUAGACAGAUCAAUUAAUACUAAUUACUAUAUACUUAUUUAUUUACAGAGAGACAAAGUUUUAAUCAGCGUUUCAUCAAUGGAAGAGAGAGAGACGGAGUCAAUGGAAAUGUUUGUACAAGAUCAGCAAGUUCCCUCCCGUCCUGUGUCUAACACCACACCUGCUCCAGAUGAUUCACAGAGAGAUGAACCUCAGACCAGAGCAGACUUCAUAAAAUAUUACUGUCACCUCACCCUGGACCCAAACACAGCGUACAGAGAGAUGGUUCUGUCUGAGGGGAACAGAAAGGUUGAGCUCACAGAUCUAGUCCAGGAGUACCCUGAGCACCCGGACAGGUUCUCUCACCUCUAUCAGGUGCUGUGUAAAGAGGGUCUGUCUGGACGCUGCUACUGGGAGGUGGAGUUUGAAGGUUCUGUUGAAAUAGCGGUGGCGUACAAAGAUCUCGGCAGAUCGGACUAUUAUGCCGAGUGUGCGUUCGGCUGCAACGACAAAUCCUGGAGUUUAGACAUAAACAAUAACGACAAGUGCUUCAGACACAACGAUGAGGAGACUGCGGUGCCGGAGCCUCGGUCCUCCAGAGUCGGCGUCUACCUCGAUCAUAAGGCGGGUAGUCUGAGCUACUACUGCGUCUGUGACACGACGAUGCAGCUGCUGCACAGAGAAGAAACCACUUUCACAAAGCCGCUCUACCCUGGACUGUGGGUCAUAGACUCCGCCCAGCUGUGUGACCUGGAGUAGACAUGGAGUAGAGCUGGUGCCCUUUUUAUUUUUUCGCCUCUGACCUUCAGACAAUCUGAGUCCGCUACUGCAUGUUGGCAACUUUGGGUCCAAUGGUGAUAUUGUUAAUGCACAAUAAAAAUGUGUCUUAAAAGAGUA